AUGGCCUCCUUUCAGAAGGCUACUCGGGCUUCAGUGUCCAUGAAGCGUUUUAUCUCUUUCCAGCAGCCCUCUACUCGCUCCGUGGCCACUCGCGCAACUUCUUACACGCUCAAUACCGGGGCUAAGAUCCCCGCCCUUGGAUUCGGUACAUUUCAAGACCCGGAAUCCCAGGAGGACACUGUCAGCCGAGCCCUGCAGAAGGGCAUGCGCCUAAUCGAUACAGCUCGGGUUUACAAUGUGGAAGAGCAAGUCGGCAGGGGAAUCAAGAAAAGUGGGGUACCCCGCGAAGACAUCUUUGUCGGCACGAAGCUUUGGUGCAACGACUACCACCCAGAAGAUGUAGAGCGGGCGUUGGAUGAUUCCUUGCGAGACCUCGAUACCCCAUACGUCGACCUUAUGUUGAUGCACUACCCCUGUACCUUCCAGCGGGGACCGGAUCGCUUCCCUCGCAAUGCUGAAGGCCGAAUGAUUGCUGGCGAGACGACAUAUCUGGAAACAUGGAAGGCAAUGGAGAAAUUGACCAGGACUGGGAAGGUCAAGGCGAUUGGAGUUUCUAAUUUUAGCAAAGGGGAAGUUGAGACAUUGCUCAGGGGCUCUUCCACGGUCCCAGCUGUUCAUCAAAUGGAGGUCCAUCCAUACCUACAGCAGAAGGGAUUCAACCAGUGGCUGAAGACAAAGGGAAUCCACACCGUCCAAUUCAGUCCGCUGGGCAACAUGAACGAUUUCUAUCGCCAGACGGGAUGGUCCAAGGAUAUUUCACACAUGAUGCGGGUGAUUGACCAGCCCAUCCUGAAAGAAAUUGGUGAGAAAUAUGGAAAGACACCUGUGCAGGUAGUUCUUGCGUGGGGAAUCAACAGCGGCCGCUCCGUCAUCCCGAAGAGUAUCGUCGACUGGCAGAUUGAACAGAACUUGGAGGCCGACUUUGAGCUGCAGCCCGAGGAUAUGGCUCAAAUUGCGACCCUGGAUGCAAAGGCUCGCUUCAAUGACCCAAGCUUGGACUACGAGUGGCGAUUGUAUAGUGACUUGGAAGGCAUUGAAGGAACCGUCAGGGGUUUAACUCAUUGA